AUGGUAUCGGGGAUCGAAGUGUCUCAGGUUUUUGAUGACCUCCCCGAAAUUGACGAUGCCGAGGCGUUAAAGUUAAUUGGCGUGUUCAGUCGGAAUAACUACCCUCGGUGGGUAUCGUUAGAGACGGUGCCUGGCGCCGAUGGCAAUGACGGCGCCGGGGCGAUGCUUUCGGCGCUUAAGCUGGGCCUGACGCUAUUGUUGUAUACGUGCUUAGUGCUCCCCAUGCGCUACUUGGUCAAUGAAACGAACCACGACACCUACCAGAAAGUCGGCGAGCGGCUUGUGGAGGAGCUCCGGAACGCGUUGUCUCAGCCGCUGUGGCGAGCCAGUACCCUUGGAACAUUACAAGCGCUCACGCUUUUACUGAUUUACUCGGUAUCACUCUCUACUACACUUAGCCGCCUUGGCGUCGGCGACGAUGUCCACAAUACGUUGGACCCGUGGUACCUUAGUGGCAUUGGUCUCGCUGGUCUUAUGCUGGCGGCGCUGAUGGCGCUCCACUCGUUUGGCGACCAACCUCAAGCGGGGAGACUGCCGUUCUCUCAGGCGUUUGACGUGGAAAACGAAGGUAUCACUCAUCUUCGAGUGUACAACCACCUCUGCCUCAUCCACUUGGCCAGUUGUAUCCUCAGCGGGCGCCCCGGAAUGGUUGAUUUCCGGCGGCUUAUCCCUCGCUGUCGCGACACCUUGAGCCUUCCUGGAGUCAAUAACUUUGACGGGCGGAUGAUCUCGGAGAUCGAGAUUCUCGCCAUUGCCUACCACUACCUCCAGGGCCCCGAGGGCCAGGACUACCCGUCACACAAGGUCAACGAGUGGCACGGGCUGUGGUCGCACCUCUUCCUGCUCCAGCAGCUCGAGUUCGUCCAGCCGACGUUCCACUUCUGCCACGUCGUGAUGAAGCUCAAGGCCGAGAACUACGACGUGACGCUGGAGCUCUUUGCCGUGGACAAGCUUGGGUACAUGUUGUCCCGGCUCGCGGGCGAGCGGCGCCAGGAGGUGCUCACCCACGCCCAGCAGGCGCUUCUGAUGGUGAACACGGUGUCCGACGACUACUUUGCCCACUUGCUGGACCAGAUCCAGUUCUUCUUCUUCUUCUGCGCCUGGAUCGUGGUGGAGAUGGGGGCACUGGCGGCGGCGGACGUGGUCAAGCUCCGCGCCCUCAUCGCCCGCGUCGCGGUUGAUGGCGAUAUCCUCCAGAGGUAUGGCGAGAUAUUGGCGAGCCACAGUGGCUAA